AUGGGCGAGGUUCUGCUUUAUCCAAGGCCGCUUGCUCGUUAUCCAGGACGCCUUCUCCUCCUCCCUCUUUUACCUCAUCGACCCCCUCUAAAACCUCUUCCUUCAGAAAUAUGGUCACAUAUUUUUGUGCAGGCUGUCUUUGAGGACGAUCAAGAUGCCCAAUCGCAUAUUUCGCACAAAAAUGUACUGCGCUCGUGUUCAUCAUUGAUGCUAGUAUGCAAGGGUUUCAAGGAGGUUGCAAUUCCGCUCUUAUAUUCCUGUGUACGAUUGCACUCUGUGAAUUCUUUGGAGAAGUUUACUGCACAUCUUCACUCUGCAGACCGAAUGUGGGAUUCUAUCCGGAGAAUCCCGCACUCUACCCCCGGUCGUUGGGUGCAGGUGCUUGAUCUUUCGGAGCUUCUUGCAGCGCUCAAUUCCUCGGUGUACUAUGCGGUCAACACACUUUUAACGCAGCUUUUUCCACUGCUGCCGUCCCUGACACAGUUGACUUUGUGUUCUGGAUUUCUCCUGAGCCGUCGCGCACUUGCGUCUCUGACACAUAGAGAUGGCUGCUUUAACCUUCGUACCAUGGGCGGAAUUUAUUACGAUCCCUUGAUAUAUUCCACGGUAGCAAUUGAUGAAGAUCCCUUUGUUCAGUUGCUGCGGGUAUGCGUAAACCUAGAGCAGCUGGAGGUCAUCGGGAUUGGUUUGGACGACACCGAUCUCGAGUCACAUUUCGACAGCACCGAAGGUCUCAAGGCAUCACCUAUAGCUGCCCCGCUUUAUUUACCCCACCUGCGAAGGCUUACUCUUUUAUCUAUGCCUUCCUCUUCGUUGAUGCUUGCUCUGUUACACUCUCCCCUACCGUGUUUACAGACACUGUCACUUACUCCGUAUGAUGACAUUCCCUUUCCGGCAUCACUCUCGUCCCCCUUUCUUGAGACGCACGGGCAGCACCUUCAAACCAUUUUCCUCUUUACUCCGAAAUCUUGGCCGACGCGCUAUCAUUCAUCACCCACUACUUUACUCUACACAUCCCCAAAUCUGAUGCACCUCUCUCUCGAAUAUCCGUUACCUGCACUUACAAUCUCAUUCAAAACACCAUUGACAUCCGGUGCAUCGUCCCCUCCUACUCUUCCCCUCCAGAUUUUGUCACUUCCCCGACCUAGCAGUGACUUCUGGGCCACUUUGGAGAGACUCCUCCCUUUUCUUCCUUCCCUAAAAGUUAUACGUAUGCGUGACGUGCGCUGGCUGAGGCAUGGAGUGAAUUCCCGUGCUCAGGAGGCUGGUAUACAGGGUGAGAUGAGGGAAUGGAGCCGUCGCCUGACUCGUAGAGGCAUUCGACUGUUAGACGGCAAUUGGAAGGAGACGCCGUGA